AUGUCAGCCCCGCCGGACCCCCAGGACCUGCUGCUGGCGGGCACUGGGGUGCACUGGGCUGCAGACGGGGCAGACCAGUGUGCAGCUGGGGCUCCGCUGCGGGAUGGAGAUGGGGCUCAGCAGCAGGAACAGCUGGUUUUCAGCUCGGCCAGGGAACACCCGCCCGUUGCCAUGGCGACUGCAUCCCCAGGUGUCACAGCCUCAUCACACCUCUUUGACUACGGCUCCACUGCCAACGGAGGUGACAACUCCUUCUACACCUCUCUGAUCUCAGAUGUCCACUACACCACCCCGCGGGACUCCACCUAUUUCACAGGCAUUUACCAGCAGGAGAACAGCCCCAUUCCCUGCUCCGGCAGCACAGAGGGAUUUAACGCGCUGGGGCAUCCUGUUCAAGAUGUGACUGGCUUUGAGUCCCGUGGCUUGUUUAGCUCAGAUUCAGGAAUAGAGAUGACUCCUGCAGAGUCUGCUGAAGUUGAUAAAACCUUAGCAGAUCCCAUGAAAGUAGAAGCUUACAAAUACAUGGACAUAAGUAGAUCAGAAGAAAUAAAAUACCAAGAAAAGAAUGACUCUGACUCAGAGGAUGAGAGCCCAGACCUUACAGAUAAGUACCAGGGAAUAGCCACCAGGUCCAGCCACAGUGCUGAACCACAUCAGACAGCUUCAGAAAGCAUGAAGGCAGCCAUAGAGCAAGACCAUCUUGAAGACACAAGGUCUGGAGAACAGCACAGUGCCUCUGUGGUUACAGCCCCUGUCAAGAUCACGCUCACUGAGACAGAAAGCACUGGGGAAGCUGCCAGCAAAGAGUCAAGCCUGACUCAACCAGAGACCGGCCUGAAGCCAACCAGUGAGGUAGUACCAACAGUGACAGUGUCAGAGCCAGAAGAUGACAGCCCUGGGUCUGUCACACCACCAUCCUCUGGCACAGAACGAUCUGGCUCAGAGUCACAGGGCAAGGGAAGCUUGUCAGAGGAUGAGCUCAUCAGCGCCAUCAAGGAAGCAAAAAGCUUUUCUUUUGAGACCCAAGAGGCUCAGCAGUCACCAAGCCUUUCCACUGAGAAGAGAGACCAACGGGUCAAACCCGGGCGCUCUGCUGCCUCCUCCCACCUGGAUAAUGAUGCCAGCAGUGCUGAGUCAGGAGACUCAGAGAUAGAGCUUGUGUCAGAGGACCCACUGGCUGCUGAGGAGGCACUGCACUCCAACUACAUGACCUUCAGCCACAUUGGAGGGCCCCCUCCAUCACCUGCCUCCCCCUCCAUCCAGUACAGCAUCCUGCGGGAGGAGCGGGAGGCUGAGCUUGACAGUGAGCUCAUCAUCGAGUCCUGUGACGCCUCGUCGGCCUCCGAAGAGAGCCCAAAGAGGGAACAAGACUCCCCGCUGAUGAAGCCCAUGGUCAUGGACAUUAUCAAGGAAGAGAAUGGCUCACGCACUGACACCUCAGACUACGAAGCAAACAAAAUGACAGAGAGCAGGAUGAACAGGGAAAACCUGGCAGAGUCUGCGUCCUACCUGAAAAGCUCUUUUGUUGCACCAAAAGUAGGUGCUGAGCCCCUGACCUCUGCCGUCAGCACUGAGGAGCUAAAGGAAAGAAUAAUCCUGAAGAAACCCAUUGAAGAAACUGUUAUUAACCAAAGUAAAGUGUCUCCCAAGGACUCUGGCAAAAGAAGUUCCUUGGCUUCAUCCCUACUGCCAUUUUUAAAUAGGCAGAAAGCUAUUGACCUGUUGUACUGGCGUGACAUCAAGCAGACAGGGAUAGUGUUUGGCAGCCUCCUGUUGUUGCUCUUCUCCCUGACCCAGUUCAGCGUUGUCAGCGUGGUGGCCUACCUGGCCCUCGCCGGCCUCUCAGCCACCAUUAGCUUCAGAAUCUACAAAUCUGUCCUACAGGCUGUGCAGAAGACGGACGAGGGCCACCCCUUCAAAGCCUACUUGGAGAUGGAAAUGAAUCUUUCGCAGGACCAGAUUCAGAAAUACACAGACUGUCUCCAGCUAUACGUCAACAGCACAGUCAAAGAGCUGAGGAGACUCUUCCUUGUUCAGGACCUUGUGGAUUCUUUAAAAUUUGCAGUACUAAUGUGGCUGCUGACUUACGUGGGAGCCCUCUUCAAUGGCCUGACUCUUCUGAUCAUGGCUGUGGUGUCUAUGUUUACUCUCCCUGUUGUAUAUGACAAGUACCAGGCACAAAUUGAUCAGUACUUGGGACUUGUGAGGACCCACAUAAACACUAUUGUGGCAAAGAUUCAAGCUAAAAUCCCAGGUGCUAAGAGAAAGGCAGAGUAA